CUGUGUGGCGGCGUCUAGCCCAGUGAGCCGAGCACCCCCAACACACCUCGCCCCUCGUUCAUCUCGUCGUCUUCAACGGACGAGUCUCUUUCUCCCCUCCUCCUCGCCCAACCAACGGCGCUAACCCUAGUCAGUUCCGGCCUUCUCGUCCUCACCAGAGCGGCGAGGCCCGCGGCUUCCGCUGCCGCCGGAAGGACGAGAAAUGAGUGGAGUUAUAAAAGGUCGCAAACAUGUUUCCUGGAUAGGUUACAGAAAGCUGGAAAGAGUGGCGGUAACAAGGACGAGUUCAGCAUGUCCUUAUGCGGCUACAGCAGAAUUUAUGCUUUUGUUUUCUUUCUGUGGUUGGACAGAUCUUUGUGAACUGAAGUAACAUCAGUAUGUAUUCCGGCGGGAGGACUCGGAGUGGGCUUGUCAGACGAAAUGGCAUUAUGGAUUCCAGCAACAAUUCAUGUUCUAGAACAAGAAGUGGGCUUGUCAGAGUAAACAACAUGAUGGAUCCUAACAAAGAAUCAUGUUCUAAAACACGGAGUGGGCUUGUUAGGGUGAACAAUAUUGUGGAAUCCAGCGAUAGUUCUUCUACUAAACCACAAAGUGGGCUUGUUAUGGAUGCUAUGGUUAACAAAGUGGUGGAUUCCAACGAUGGUUCAUCCUCUAGAACACGAAGUGGGCUUGUUAGGGUGAACAACAUCAUGGAUUCCAGCGAGGCUUCAUACUCUAAAACUCGCAGUGGGCUUGUCAGAGGAAACAUUGUUAUGAAUUCCAAUGAUGGUUUGUGUUCCAAAACACGAAGUGGACUUGUUAGAGAAAACAUUGUGAUGGAUUUGAGUGAAGAUUUGUGUUCCGAAACACAAAGUGGAAUUGCUAGAGGAAACAUUGUUAUGAAUUUCAAUGAAGAUUCAUCUUCUAGAACACGAAGUGGGCUUGUUAGAGGACACACUGCUGUGGAUUCUAACAAGGACUCAUGUUCUAGAACACGAAGUGGGCAUGUUAGAAGAAGCCUCUCUGUCAAGGUAGAAAACAAGGUUGGACCAGUCAUUAAGGGCCUACCUGAUGGAUGCAGCGAACCGGCAAGUCCAGUAAAUUAUGGAUCAGGUCACAGGAGUGAUCUGGUCCAAAUCAAGGAUGACCCAGUCAUUAAGGGGUCAGAUGAAUGCUGGAAAGAAGACACACCACCUUUGAUGAACCUAGUAAAUCACAAGAGUGAUCAGGGUCAAAGCAAGGAUGAACCAGUCAUGAAGGGGCCUGAUGGAUGGUGGAAAGAAGACAUUUCCAGAAAGAACAAGUCAAGUCAGAAGAGUGAUCUGGUUAAAAACAAGGAUGAGCACAUUAAAAGGCAGUUGCCUGAUGGAUGGCGGAGAGAAGACAGGCCAAGAAGGAAUGGAUCAACUAACAAGACUGAUCCGUACUACAUUGAUCCAGUAAAUGGUUAUGAAUUUCGCUCUAUGAAGGAUGUGCACCGUUAUAUUAAAUCAGGAGACAUAAAGCAAUGCAGUUUUAGGCCAAAGAAGAGAACUAUCCAAGAUGUCUGUAUUACAGACAACCAAGCUCAUACAAGCACAUCAUCAGGAUACACAAGGCCAGGUACCGCCGACAAAGCUAUCCAAUGUGAAUUACUGACUUCAGAAGGUAUCAUGCUACCAUGGGGUGGACUGUUGAGCCCACAUACUGAAAAUAUGAUGUUACCGGAGUCUGAUGGCAUGAAACCAGUGGAAAGACAUGCUAACAAGGUUGAUCCUUUGGAACACAAGAGUGCACGACCGGUCUCUGCAAAGUGUCGUGAAGGGGAAAAGAAAUCUAUUAAACGAAAAGAACAAAAUACGGAGGCGAAACCCAAGAGGCGUAAAACCAGGCGUGAAAUAAAGAUUGCUGCACCUCCCCAAGCAUCACCCCGCUUAGCUGCACUCAAGGUUAAUCCUGAAGGGAACACUGAGCCUGAUGAUGAACUGACCAGUGUAAAUUUUGUGAAUGAGGUACAGCCUAUUCAAGAAAAAAUUGUGUAUCAGUCACUGAGCCGCGCUGACACUGUCAUCCAAUCACAGAACAAUCAGGAGAGCACUGCCGAUAAGUUACAGUUGACCCAAGGAGUUACUGUCGUUCCCAUGCAGACUAAUCAUGAGGGCACUGUUAAUCAGUUACAGUUAAGCCGAGCUGAUACUGUCAUUCCAAUUCAGACCAAUCAUGAGGGCACUGUCAAUCAGUUACAGUUAAACCGAGGAGACACUGUCAUUCACAUACAGACCAAUCAGUUACAGGCGAGCCAACCUCAAAGUGCCUAUCACUUGCAGGAAUACACUACCAAUUACUCGCAGAUGAGUGAAGCAGAUAAUGUGAAUAAAAAACAGACUGAUCAGGAAAUUUUUGCCAAUCAGUUACAGUCGAGCCAAGAAAAGCCUUUCAUUCAAAUGCAGACUAUACAGAAUAAAAAACAGACUAAUCAGGAAAAUUCUGCUGAUCAGUUACAGUCGGGCCAAGAAAAACCAUUUAUUCAAAUGCAGACUAUACAGAAUAAAAAACAGACUAAUCAGGAAAAUUCAGCCAAUCAGUUGCAGUCGAGCCAAGGAAAGCCAUUCAUUAAAAUGCAGAGUAUACAGGAAUACAUUACCAAUUACUCACAGUUGCAUCAGAGUCAUGCAGACACUGUGAAUGAAUUACAGACUUAUCAGGAAAAUGCUGCCAAUCAGUUACAGUCGAGCCAUUCAGACACCGUCAUUCAACUACAUACUACACAGGAAUACUUUGCCAAUCACUCAGCGCUGAGCCGAGCAAAUGCUGUGAAGCACAUGCAGAUCAACCAGGAAAACACUGCUGUUCAGUUACAGUUGGGUCAAGCUGAUAGUGUCAAUCAAAUGGAAACUCUGCAGGAAAACAGCACCAACCAGUUACAAAAUCUCCAAGGUUUAACUGUUAAUCAAGUAGAAACUACACAUGAUUACAUCACCAAUCACUCUCUGCCGAGCCCAGGAGAUACUUUCAAUCACAUGAAGAUUAACCAGGAGAACACUGCCAAUCCACGACAGUUGAGCCAACCUGACUCUGUCAAUCAAAUGCAAACUAUGCAGGAAAAUACUGCUACUCGGUCAGAGCUGAUCCAAGGAUUAACUGUCAAUCAAAUACAGGCUAUUCGGGAAAACAAUACCAGAUACUUGCAGCCACGUUGUACUGAAAAUCCUAUCCGGUGGUCUGGUUUUUCUUCGUCUCCUGAGAGGGGACAUGUAGAACCUAUCCCAUGCUUUUGGAGAAAUGUUGAAAAUCAGAAGUCAUCGGUUCCCGUGCAAAUAGAUGGAACACUUAUUGCAACCUCCUCAGCAAAUAUUCAAUGCCAAGAUGCCCCUGCCCCAGAACCAGCUUUGCCAACACCGCCUGCAGUGCCUGGAACCGCCGGCCUAUCUGGGUUUACCCUGCCGUUAUUUGGAAAUUCCUGGUCAGAUCCAUGCAUCGAGUUUGCAUUGAAGACUCUUACAGGUGACAUUCCUGUUGUGGAUGACAGUCCAGCUGUUGCAGACUACUUCCCUCUGCAACAUGACCUGAAUAAAAUCGCACCACCAGAUAAUUCUUCUCCCUUCAGUGAGGAUACUAGAAACUAUACACAAGUCGACCAUGCCAACCACCGGCCAGCGCCAAGGCCAUCAGACAGGUUCUACAAUGGUGGUUGGUUCCCUCCACAGUGAGACCACCCACCGGAUAGGUUCUACAAUGGUGGGAGGAAAAACAGAAGAACUGUUUGUGCCUGCGAAAGGCUAAUGGUUAGAGGAAUGAUCGAGUGACCAAAGCUUGAACCAAAUGGUCUGGCGAGCGUCUCUUUGUGUUUUCAUGACCCCUCUGUAAAAAGGCCUGUGACUUGUUCUAACUUUGUUAGAAACAACAUGUACAUCUUACUGGAUGGGUGUCAGCUUGCUUUAGGGAUCUAGGGAUCGGAAUGACAGUUUUAUUUUCUCUUUUGCUUUUUGUGCAGUUGCCUGGUAAAUUUCAUUUGCUCUAUCAUCAGGGUUGACCCAGUUUGGCGUCGUCGCUAGCAGUGUUGUUUAUUUAUUUUUGCAAGUGAGUCUUGUGCGCAUGAGACGAUCAGCAUCUUUGGGCUCACUUUAACUGUAAUAAUUCUUAAUAGUUGAUGUAGCAUUGGCUGCCCUUGGUUUUGUGGUUC